AUGGCCGAGCAAACGGUAUCCGAGAAUCUGACCAGGAAUGUCAUUCUAUUAAGAGCCGUAGCCACCCAACUUCAGGAAGGUUACCUCAGACCCAUGCAGAAGAUGAUAGAGGGAGAGGAGAAAGGAAAAAUAACGCUGGCGUUUAGAACGAGAUAUCACAAACUGAAAAUAAUAACUGAAGUUUGGUGUGAACUGACUGCCAAGUUGGGGUGCAUGAAAGAGGCAUUGCAAUGUACUCACGGUCUGGCCACGGCGUGUCUUUCCAAUGACAACGAAAUUGAAAUCGUCAACUUGUUGAACAGAAUAAAAAAGAGACUGGACAACAUGGCCGCCGUUUGGCUGAGUAAGGAUCAUGACACUCAGCCAAAUGUGACCUUUGACCUUUCACUGGAGGUCAAAAUCUCAUGGCUGCACGAAACUGUUGAAGACAUACUAGACACAACGUGUCGACUAAUGGAUGUUUUGGGCCACUUUCUUCUGUGCGCGACUCCCGUGAGGAAAACGGAAAUUUUGGAACUAAAACAGAAACUUCCGGUGAAAUAUAUACCAUCCGUUUUGGGAACUCUUCAGGAGAUUCGAGACGCUGACAUUCAUCACAAGAUACUGGCUUCGAAACAAAAUGAACUUUUCCGUAAUAGCUAACUUCCGUUAUCUUAUUAACAAUCUGUGUUGUAAUUUUGUUAUCCGUUGGAUAUUGAUAUGAAGAAACGUUUUCCGGAACGAACCUAAUAUAAGCUUCCAACGCAAUUGGAAAAACACUUACGAGAAUUAAGGAGCGGAGAUUAAUUGUGUUGGGUUAUGCCGACAGGCAUAAAACUUCAAGGAUUAAUUCAACGCACAAGGUUUUUAUUUUUAUAAAAAUCGAAAGAGUUACUCAGGCUUGUGGCUGCCCAGUUUUCAGCAAGCUUGGUGUCACCCUUGUCCCAAAUAUUGACAUGGUAAAGCAAAACAGCUACAGUAUACCAAAAUUGGCUGGUAUUGUGGACUAGUUGGUGCGUACUUCACAGAGUUUUGUUAUAAGAAACGAAUUUUGAUGGAAAUAUUAAGGAAAGGACAGGCAUAGACUUACAUAAAUGUUCAUUCUGAUCUGGAUCGAUCACCAUCUGUAUGGUGAGUUUUUAAAUGGUUCUUUGCCAUAUCGAGACAGGGUCAAUGAUUUUCAGCCCCCAAAUCACAUAAGGUCGCAGUGCAAAGGGUUUGUUUACAACUGUAGCUGUACCACACAAAGAAUGCAAUGCAAUGUGGCAUUUGUUAUUGAAAUAUUAAAAACAUGAAAAAUAAUCCAUUGACCAUAGCGUGUUGUCAAUGUCCAUAUCUGUCCGCACUUUUACUAAAAACGACAAUUAAGGGUUCUAUGCUUAGAAUCAUAAAUGGUAAAACAAAUGGGAUGUAGAAAUUGCAGAGCAAUAAAAAGAA